CGUGUCGUGCGGCAGGCAGUCAGCCGCGGUCGGUCAGUCAGUAGGUGUUUUUAUUGUUGUUGAAUCGGGCGCACGCUUACGGGCUUACCGAACCCAACCAAAGUGCACACUGUGUUUUCACGCGGCCUUCGUCGCGGGUCCCGUUUUCGGUUACGCUACCUUUGCGGAAGGGUCAAACACGGCGCAGGAUGGUGUAGGCCAGGGCUUUGACCUGAUUGCGCAACAACAACAAUAGCAACCGUCCGUCGUUGGACGAGGGAUCAUCUAGUGUUUUUUUUUCGGUGAAAGGAUUGGAAUGCCGUAAAAAUUAUCGUUGGCAGUGAAGUGCAACGACCGAACGCUGCGGUUGAAUUUAAGUGUCAGUGAAUUCAGGGUGUUUUUAAACAUGAGUGCUAAUUGGACACAUGUGUCACCUGUUUGGUCUGUUGAGUCAGAGGCAAAUUUUGUGACAAAUCUGUGACGGUUUUUUCGGUAACAAGUGUAUAAUUGGUCGAACGAAAAUACAAGCUUGUUUCGAGCUCAUGUGGUUUUGAUAGGUGAUGUCGUGCGGGGUGUUGAAGUUGACCAAAAUAGACACGCAGUAAAAUAGAUUAGACGGAAAGCUUUUCCUGUUUAUACGAGAGAAAAAAACAACAUGCAUAUUAUACAAAUAACAGCUCCAGUAACAUGAAAAGCGGGAUUCAAGAAGUGUAACACAUGUGGAGGCAUGGGUAAUCUUGUACUCCCUUGUCAGAAAGAAACAUUCUCGGAUUUUUAAAGUGUUUUGAAAACAGUAUGGUUUUCAACAAAUAAGUUUGCCGUCGAUAAUCGUCGCAUGAAGAUGGAUUCACUGUGGAUGUAAAAAGUGAGUGCAAAACUAAGAGCAGCAGUCAGUCGACUGCAUUCUCUAGCCAAGAUGCCGGAGUUUGACGACACGUUCCUGUUUGAUUGUGCCAAAUUCGAGCGGAAAAAGUGGAAAUCGUACAAUAUUAGUUUGCGACCGAGCAGUAUAGUGUUGAAAAGUGUGAGCAGCUUUAGUCCUAAUAGCGGUAGUAGUAAGAAUAAUAAAAAUUACAUAGAAGAUGGUGAUUUAAUUGUGGGUGCUUUGAGGCCCAUCAGUGACCCAGCCGAUUUGAGUCCGACGGUGGUGGUAAAGAAACGUAGCCAUCCACAGCGAAAUGUGGCGGUUAACUAUCUGUACAGCAGUGUGAAUCCUAUUCGGGAGAAGAUCCUCGGGUACAAUUUCAAAAGGCACUCGUAUACCUGUUCAUCACCAGAGUCACCGGGGAGUAGCAGCAGCAGCAGCAGCAGCCCCGGGCUGUCAGGAGCAACGGUUCCAACUUUCGGAGCAUAUUGUGAUAACGGACCAACCACCCCGAUCCCGGUGGGUACCCCUCGUAACAGUGGAAGCAGCACUGCUAGCAGCACCGCAGGUGGCAUCAACUGCACGCCAACCAACGCCACCGGAGGCACUCCAGUGAACGCUGCUCAAUCGGCGGCACAAAGCGACAGCGGCGGUAAAUCAGCCACCGAAAACGGGGCCGGCGAGAAAGCUGUUACCCCCGGGGCUCCGGGAUCUUCCGGCCAUAAAGGCAGCAUCCGGGGCAACAAACUGGCCCGCCGGGCUCGGUCCUUCAAGGACGACUUUCUGGAAAAGAUCUCGCAGAUCCGAACGCCGAACAGCACGAUGACGAGGUCCCAUUCGCCCAACAGUCCUCGCAGUGGCAGCACCAGCGCCGGUAGCCAGCGGAGCAGUGGAGGUGGCAAAGACGAUCUGCUAACAGCCACCGGCAAACCGGUGCAGGAUUUGGCCUACCAUGUACGCCAGGUGAAGAACGCUCUGACACACUUCAAGGAUGUGAUACUGAAAAACAAGCUGGAGAUGCUCCCGGGCAAUGGAACCGUAGUGCUAGAGUUGAUUGCUAACGUUCACACGGCUCUUCAAUCAUACACGCUGAAUGAAAACAGCAGCGCUCUGAUCAAUGCCACCAACCAUGUGUACAUGUCCCUUGGUAACUUGCUGAAGCUUUGUGACGAAGUGCUGCUAACAGCCGACAACGAGAAUUGUCCCUCGCUCAGCAAAGAGAAUGUAAAGGAAAUUGUAGAACUGGUAGACAAUGCCGUCAACAAUCUGGUCAACCUGGCAAAUGAAAAACUAUCGGACAAAGCUGCAGGCAGCGCCGGCAACGCCAACCAGACGCACUCUUCCAAUACCCUGCAGCGGCCAACGGUGGACAUCGCCGGUCAGCGAACGUCGCUGCCGGACAUUCCACUGACACCGCGGGAGCGGGACAUUUUGGAGAAAACUUCGCUCAAAACCGUUCGCGCUUCCCACAGUACCGAAAGUAUCCUACGCGAUUCUAGUCCCCCGCCGAAGCCGCCACUUCCAGAUCGUGGUCAGGAUCCGCCUCCUUUGCCACCGAAGCGAAAGAGCCAGCACUCGAAAAACCACUCGUUUCACGAAACGUCCGACUGCAAUUCAGAUUCCGCCUUUUUGGGAUGCGGAGGACUGGAUCGGAUGUCCCUACGGUCACGCUCUCCUGAGGAUAACUCUAGUCUGCUGAGUGCCAGUGCAGGUUCGCUGGACUCGGCCCUUAAUCAUUCACGAGAGGAGGAAGAACUGCGAGCGCUUACCCAUGACAAAACAUCUCUGCGGUUAGGGCAAACUCCCGGUCACAACUCAAAUGUUUGGGACGAAGCGGACUGCAGUGGAAUGCAGCUGUUGAGUGGUGGCGGUGUUAUUGCAGCCGACAACACAGCUCUCAAUAAUCGUAACUCGAAUGAAUCGGGCUUCGAAUCGAUGUACUCACUGCGAAUAAGCCGGGAUCACCAGAGUAGUACAGCGUUCAAAUCGGCUGCAUACACUAGCAGUAGUAGUUCACAAAUGCAUAAGUCGGAAUCGCUGAUGGAUGCUGUAAGUUCCGGAAAAAUAAUUUCCAUGGUUAGCAGCCAGCAACAACAGCAGCAGCAACAACAACAGCAGCAACAGCAUCAAAAGAUUGAUACUGUUGUGACGCAAGCCAGUGGAGACAGCGGAGAUGUAGUAUUGACUUCGACGACCACUACGGAGUUCACCAGUAGCCGUAGAGUGGAAAAGGCCAGCCUGUCGAAGGUUAUACAGUAUGGUAGCAUUGAAGCAAACGAUGAAGUGUUUGGAACUGAACAUACUGAUAAACCACCGGCGCUGCCGGUUAAGACCCGAACUCACAGUAUAAGAAGAGAACGCCAUCCGUCGAUGUACGACAACGUCGAUGAAACAGAACUGGAAAGAGGUUCGCAGGAUACCUUCAGCAAUUGCUCGCUGCAUCAGGCCGGCUUCCACACCCGACAGCAGUUGAUCAACAAUCUGCCGAGCAAACAUAUCAGUUUGAUCGAACCGCGCCAUAUGAAUCAUUUCAGCGAAGAGCCACCACCUUUACCGCUAAAGAAACGGCACAUAAUGGCAUACAUGGAGAUUGUGCACCAUAGUGCAUCACAGAAUCAAACGGAGUUUACACGUCACUCGGUACAUACGUAUAAUUUAUCCCAGCACGGCGGCGAUCAACAGCUUCACCAUCACCUUCACCAGCAGCAGCAGCAUCAUCACCAUCACCAAACGAUGUCGAUGACAAGCGGUUCAAGCAAUCACAGUAUUACCCACAGUCAAACAAUGAACCUGUCACCGUCGCGCGUGGGACCGCCACCGAUAUCACCGCCGAGUUCGCCUGGCCUAAACGUAAAGCCACCGGCGCUUCCCCCGAAGCGCCAACGAAUCAACAGCAAAACGCCAAGUAUCACCUCUACACCGCCGCCUAGUCCCAAAGUAUUUAGCAACGAUCUGCCGUCGUCUCCCUCACCGUCACAGUAUCACACUGGCACCAACAGCUGCUCAUCUCCAUCGCCAUCGUCUUCAUCCGUGGGCACGCUACUACCAACACCUCCGCCAAAGAAUCACUCAAUGCUGCUAAUCUCCUCUGCCGCUAACAGUACGCCCACUAAUAAUCAACAGUCACCGGGAGCGGCGAACAACAGCGACCAGUGUCAGCAGCCAUCGGCAGCCAUAACCAAAAUCAAGGUAUCGCCCGUAUCCGGUGACGAUCAGCUUCUAGCCUCUAACUCUAGUACUACUAUCAACACCUCUAUCUCUCCAAAUCCUUCGCAUCACUCGCAGUGUAACAGUUUCAAUAACUUUAACAACAACAACAGCAACAAUAGUAGCCAUAGUAAGUUAGCUAGCAAUAAUCUCACGGGGGCCGUUCGACCAUCCGAAGAGGACGAUUAUCUCCAUCUGAGCGAUACGACGACGGUGAUUCCUGCUGCGGGAGGAGCAUACGCGCGCCACUCGCGAUCACCUUCGGGCGGUACAAAGCCGAAUCUCAACAGUCCUAGUAAUAGUAGUCUUCUAGUCAACCAGAGCAACAACAACAACAACAACAACAACAACAAUCAGAGCAAUAACAGUAGUGCAAUAGCAGAACCUAUCUCCGGCGGCGGUAGUAACAGCCGCAGUGACCGAAAGAGCGCUGACGAUGACGAGGUUGAGGUGGUACUUAGACGCAAUAACAAGAACGGGAUCGCCUUGAUCGAACAGCAACCGCCUCUCAAUCUGAUGGAGGAGCUGGAUGUGAGCAAUUAUUUAGUUUUUAAAAAGGAGAACGAGGACGGUCCGGACGUUAAGGGUGGCCAUCCGGAUGCACUCAUCAUACACGCCACCAGAGUGCAGAAGAUUUCCGAUGCAUAUGGUGAAGCAUUUAUCACGACUUUCCGCACCUUCAUCUCUCCGCUGGAACUAAUUCAGAAGUUAACCUACCGAUACUCGCUGUUCCACUGUCAGAUGAUCGACGCGAAACAGAAAGCCGCUAAAGAAUCAUUCUCGCUGUUGGUGCGGGUAGUUAACGACCUAACAAGCCCGGAUCUUUCCCGUCGGCUGCUGGAGAUUCUGAUGAAUUUCGUCUAUCAAUUGGUCUGCGCCGGACAUCUUACCAUGGCCAAGCUGCUACGGGUAAAGUUGAUCGAGAAGGUAACGCUGUACAAACAGAAACUAUACAAGGAGCCCAGUACGCUAGCGCGGGAGGUAAUGACCUCGCCGCCCACUCUGCUGGAUCUAAAGUCGGCCGAAAUUGCCGAACAGAUGACCCUGCUCGAUGCGGAGCUGUUCCAGAAGAUCGAAAUUCCGGAGGUGCUCAUUUGGGCCCAGGAACAGAACGAAGAACAGUCGCCAAAUUUGACCACCUUUACGGAGCAUUUCAACAAGAUGUCCUAUUGGGCGCGGUCGCAAAUUUUAAAACAGGAAGAUGCCAAAGAUAGGGAAAAACAUGUGAUUAAGUUUAUCAAGAUAAUGAAACAUUUACGGAAGAUCAAUAACUACAACUCGUACUUGGCGCUGCUGUCGGCGCUGGAUUCUGCGCCGAUCAGGCGGUUGGAAUGGCACCGCACGAUAACGGAGGGUCUCAAGGAAUACUGCGCCCUAAUCGAUUCAAGUUCCAGCUUCCGGGCUUACCGUCAGGCAUUGGCUGAAACCAAUCCACCCUGCAUACCGUACAUUGGUCUUGUUCUGCAGGAUCUAACCUUCGUGCAUAUCGGCAAUCCGGAUUUGCUUCAGGAUGGUUCCAUAAACUUCUCGAAACGAUGGCAGCAGUACAACAUCGUAGUGAAUAUGAAACGUUUCAGGAAGGGGUCGUACCAGUUUAAGAAGAACGAAAAAAUCAUCGGUUUCCUUGACAAUUUCGAGAACUGCCUUGACGAGGAUGCCAUGUGGCAGAUUUCCGAAAGUAUCAAACCGCGAGGUGGGCGGAAGACCAACGCAACGAGCAAUUAGUAUAAGCUGAACUGUCUUAAAGGCAGUGACGAACAUGAACAAGCGAUGCUGCUGCAAGAGCAGAAGAGAUCGGCUCAACAGCAGCAGCAGUAGCAGUAAGUAGCAGAAGCACCAUUAAAUAGCAGCCAAGUGGACCAAACAGCCACCGACGAACGGGCUGCUCAACGUGAGAGGUAUCGUCAUUUCAAUGCCAAAAAUGCUUUUUACAUGUAUAAGCCUAGUUGUUUUUAAAUUAUUUUCGUUUAUUGUGAACCCAAUUUUAAUUUUGGUUCUCGUGCAUUUUUUGCGUCCGAAAGUCCGGACUUACACGACAGUUUCAUUCGUGUUAUUUUAGUGUUUAUGUUUCCAAUUGUUUAGUACCCUUUCUUUUAAAUUAUUCGAAACUUUGAUUUUGAUUUGGUUUCGAUAGAUAAUAUAGGAAAGCAAUCAGUAUAGAAAAAAGGGAUUUUUACAUUAUCUAGUAUCGUAAAAACUUUUGCUUAAGGCAAAGCUAUUACAAACUGUAAAUAAAUAGCAGGCAAAAGCAAACGCAAACGCAAAACUGUUAAGUGUUAUGUGGUAGUCAAAAAAGCAAAGCAAAAAUUAUCAAAUAUUAGUACCUAUACUGCAGCAAAUAUACCAGCGCUGGAAAUCUCCAAACACAAGCACACUCACACC